GUUGCUGCGUUUCUAUCAUAACUGACCCAAAGGGUCGCUAUUCAAGCAUUGGAUCCGCGUUGGCUACACGCCAAUUGUGCUUCAUUCCGCAUAUAUAGGCCUAGUUCCCAUCCUUCCAGCCCAAGCGUGUUUGUCUUCACCCUCCUCCACAAAGGUCAUUAAGACUUGCGAAGUAUGCCAGCUUGCGAUCGCUGCGACCGGUGGUUCAACUCUGAACAUGGUUUAUGGUUACAUGAGCGGGACUCCAGUCGACAUAACAUAUGUUAUGAUUGCGGCUUGGAUUUCUCCACCAAACUAUGGUUGAAAGAGCACCUCGUCCAGAGUCCCAGGCAUUUCUACUGUCAACGGUGUAACAAUCAUUAUAAUGAUAUGGAUGAGUUGGAGGAGCACUAUGAGGAGUACCAUUAUUACUGUCGCAUAUGUUCAAAGGUUUUCGACUUUCAAGUCGGUCUUCACGAGCAUAACCGCCAGGUACAUCCAUAUUGCAUUUCAUGCAAACGCGUGUUUCAAACCCGAAGCAACCUCGAUGCCCAUAUGAGGUCUUCCGUCCAUCAAGGUCGAACCGUUCCCUGCCCCGGAUGCAGAGGCGCAUUCGUCUCCACCGCCGCUCUUAUCCUACACUGCGAAUCGGGCAGAUGUCCAUCUGGUGUUACCCGUGACAUGGUCAACCGCGUCGUAGCCAAGAUCGACCGUGGCAACGUCAUCACGAACCCUUCCAGACUCAUCGGAUACUCUCCCUCGUCGUCGUCUCGUACUGUCAUGGAUAUAUGGGCGACUGAGGAUUCAUGGAAUGGAUACGCAUACGAGUGUAUUCUUUGUCACAAAGAGUUCAGAUCUCUUGGCGCUUUGAAUGCGCAUCUGAAGAGUCCUGCUCACCAGGACAAGAUGUAUAAAUGUCCGUCUGCUUGGAAUGGGUGUAAUGCAGAGUUCAGGACGCUCAGUGCGUUGUUCCAGCAUGUUGAGAGUGGGAGUUGUGGAGUGAAGAAGUUCCAGAGACAGUUGACCGACAUUGUUGGCUCGAUGACGUCUGGGUUGAGGAUGUUGGGGAUGUGAGGUCCAGUGUACGAUACUUGGAUAGGUUUGACGGUCAGGUUUCAUUUGCCCUCCAGGGCUUCGACGCAAGUUUGUAUGCUUAGGUUUCAGCCACUCACGCAUCAUGCAUCAUGCCUCAUCCGUGUAGUAUAUACAAUUUCUCUUUGUUCUGGGAACUUGGAUUUACAUCAGAUAG